AUGGGCUGGGGCAAGGGCAGAGGCCGCCACGCAGCCGUCGUCGCUGCUGAAGCCGCGCUGGUCGGUGGGGCCGUCGUUGGCGCAGCCGCGGUCGCCACAGCUGCAUCCCGUCCACGGCCUCCACGCACCGAGGUGGUGGUGGUGCAAGGCGCUGGGGCGCCUGCAGCUGCGGCGCCCGUUGUGGUUGUGGCCGGCAAGGGCAAAGGCAAGGGCAAAGGAAAAGGCAAAGGCAAAGGAAAGUGGAAGGGCCCCGCGGUCCCUCGCUUGGGGAUUUCGGCCAUCGGCAUCCCAGCGACCGGCAUCGAGCUGCAGGGCGGCGUGACUUACUUCACCAUCGAUGUCCUUCCAGAACGCGCUACCUCCACCUAUCAAGUUCGGAGGAGAUAUCGCGAGUUUGAUGGGCUGCGUGCUGAAUUGCAAAACUUGGCACCGGGUUCCAUGAUCAACAGUGACUUUCCCCCGAAGCACCGCUUCUUCGGCUGCGAGGGUGAGCGGCUGGAGGCCCGGCGAGUGGGCCUGGAGAACUGGCUGAAGCGCACGCUCAACGACCCCAAGUCCAGCAGAGGACCGUGGUCCCUGCAGCUGCGGAACUUCCUCGAAGUUGGCCAGGUGCACACGCUCCCCGAUGUGACCCCGCUGCCUCACGCCAGCGCGCCUGCCUGGGAGGCUGCAUGGAGCGAGGAAGGUCAACUCCUCCAGAUCACUGUGCCCGCCGGGGUAGCUGCCGGUGAAACGAUAGCGGUCUCGGUCCCGGAUGGGCGCCAGCUGACCUGCACUCUGCCAGCUGGCUACUCGGCCGGAUCGCCGCUGGAAGUCUGGUUUGAGCCAAGCACGGGUACUCUCAGUCCCGUCGUCUGA